GGGGACAGGACUGGCGGAGGAGGCGAGAUAUAACGGUCAAAGCUGCAACUGCCGCCGUCGCCUCCUCUUCUUCUUCGUCGUCGUCGUCGUCGUCGUCGUUUACUCCUGUUCCUUUUUCCUUUUGAAAGAAGAUUUCUUUAACGACAUUGGCUAAGCUCUCAAGCCGACGCGCGUCAUCCGUCUCCAAUCACCACCUCCCCCCCCCCCCCGGGCAUCUCCCCUUCUCCGUCGGUGUGAAUACUUUGCGGGUGGUGCGGGGAGGGGAUAGUUUCGAUGGCGCUUCGGUUUGAGGUUCUCGGGCGAUUUAACCGUGCUCGUGCAGCUCAAUUAACACUCCCUCAUUUUGUGUGUCAAACGCCUCUGUUUAUGCCGGUGGGGACACAAGGGACAAUAAAAGGACUGACAAAUGACCAGCUUGAGGAAAUUGGUUGCCAGAUAAUACUGGGGAAUACCUAUCAUUUGGCACUUCGUCCUACUUCUGAGCUAAUUGACGAGUUGGGUGGUCUUCACAAGUUUAUGAACUGGCCUAGAGCGCUACUUACUGACUCUGGUGGCUUCCAAAUGGUAUCCUUGUUGCAUUUAGCCGAUAUCACUGAAAAAGGUGUAACUUUUCAGUCACCAGUUGAUGGAAAGCCAAUGCUUCUAACACCUGAAGAAUCAAUACAAAUACAGAACAGAAUUGGAGCAGAUAUAAUAAUGGCUCUUGAUGAUGUGGUCAAGACCACCAUUACUGGUCCACGGAUUGAGGAGGCCAUGUAUCGCACUCUUCGUUGGAUUGACAGAUGUGUAGCAGCUCAUAAAAGACCAAAUGAACAAAAUUUAUUUGGUAUCGUUCAAGGUGGUCUAGAUCCUGUGCUUAGAGACAUAUGUGUCAGAGGCUUGGUGGAGCGGAAUCUCCCCGGCUAUGCCAUUGGUGGUCUUUCAGGCGGUGAGGAUAAAGAUUCAUUUUGGCGUGUUGUCGCUCAGUGUACUGCAGCACUGCCCGAGGAUAAACCACGAUAUGUAAUGGGUGUUGGUUAUCCACUAGAUAUUGUGGUCUGCAGUGCUUUAGGGGCCGACAUGUAUGAUUGUGUCUAUCCAACUCGUACUGCUCGCUUUGGCACAGCUCUUGUACCUGAGGGUGUUCUGAAGUUGAAACAUCAAGCAAUGGCCAAUGAUACCCGUCCGAUCGAUCCUUCAUGUAAUUGCAUGGUCUGCAAGAAAUAUUCUAGGGCCUAUAUUCAUUGCCUGGUUACGAAAGAUGCCAUGGGAUCCCAGCUUCUAUCAUACCACAAUUUAUUUUACAUGAUGAAGCUCAGCAGUGAUUUACACUCGUCAAUUGUCCAGGGAAGAUUUCCAGAGUUCGUAUGCAAAUUUCUGCAGAAAAUGUUUCCAGAAGGCGAUGUUCCUGAAUGGGUCUGCAAUGCCAUGGAAGUCGCCGGAAUUGACAUAUCAUCGUGCUGUUCCCCAUUUUCAUCUUCGCCAGAAUAUAGAAUUUCAGAGAUACCAACAGAUUUUUGAAGUAGUUAGGCCAACAGUCUUAAAAGAAAAAGGCGUCAAACUGUGCAAAGGUCAUUACACUGCGGCAUAAGUUUUGAAGUCCCAUAUGCUGCUCCAUUGGUAAAUUUUUCUUUUGCUCUUAACCCCGAUUCCUCUGUAACUUUUAAAUCCACACAACUGGAACAAAAUCCAUAGCGAUUGAGUAGAACCCUUUUUGGUUACCAUGUACUUCUUUUCAUCAUCAACCAUAUCUUACGUUACAUGCGAGCUGUUUGACUAUAAUGUCGACAAGAAACUAAAAUCUCGGUUCAAUUCA